GAACUCCCGCGCGAGCAGGGCCCGUUUCCAUCCGCAUCCCCGGCCACGGGUAGAUUUCGGCCCGUUUCCAUCCCCGUCUCUCCCUCUCCCUCUCUCUCUCUCUCUCUCUCUCUCGUGCGGAGGAACGGGAGAGAUCUGCUCCAACGUCCUGGAUCGAUCUCCCUCGAACAGCGCGCGAAUCUGCUCGUUCGAUUCGGCUCCCGCGGAAUCGCGCCCCCGAGAGCUCGUUCGAUCUCGACCGAUCGUUUCUCGACGUUCUCCGACCCAUCGCGUCGUCCGUUCCGAGGCUUCCGAGCUUCUCGAACUACUCUCACUAGCUUCGUGCUUGCUUCCUUUCGGCCGCCGAUCUUCGGGGACGAUCCGCGGGAGGAGCCAUGAGAUCCUGCAGCGGAUGGCGGCGGCUGCUGUUCUGCCUCCCGCUCGUCUUCCUCUUGCCUCAUCUGCUCUCAGGUGGGCGGCUUUCUGUCCCCCGUUUCCCCGCGUUCGUGAUGGAAUUGCAUCGAGAGCCGACGGUGGGAGAUCAGCAUAAGAAGGCGAGGAAUAAGUUCGAUCAUUUGGUUCUCGGCCCCGUGGCAGGGGAACACUUGCCUAACCGAUUGCAAUGCCAAGGUGUCAAAGCUCUCAACAAGACACAUUUUUCUGCCUCGUCCAACAGAAGCUAUGUCGCAGAAAGCAUAGCUUUUGUCACUGUCUUUACAGUUUAUAACUCCUCUGACAUUUCAAAGACUAGUGGAUCAUCAGAUGUGACAACUGUUGGAAAUUCCUCAUAUAAUAAGGUGGAGAGAUCAAUAGCCAUCUUGAAUGUAUUCAUCAACUUUAUUCAGGUAAUAUCCUGACUGACAGAGGAUGUUUAUUCAUACACGAGUCACUCCGUAUGUUAAACAAGUUUUAACUCUGUUUAGUAUAUGUGCAUAAGUGUAAA